ACGUCAUAAAGUCGUCGUUGAAUGCUACACGAUACAUUGACGCCAUCUCGGCCUUAACCAGCGCCAGGCGUCGCACAAACGGAGGCGAAUGAGUUGAAAUUAUAAUCGAACUCUUAACUUCUCGUCGCUAACAGUGUUUACAUCCUGAGGCUAACAAGCUAGCGAGCCAUGCGAAACCGGAAGUAGCUAACAUUGCUAACCAAAUCGCUCCGAAAUCUUCUAAACAUACUAUAUGUCUGAGUUGUCGCGUCCCUUUCUAAUCAAAUAAGAGGGAAAGUUGACUAUUUUGGUGGAUUAUUGAAAAAAAUAUAUAUAUUACCCUGCGCCGAAGAGUUGACCUCAGGAAGAUGGCUGCCAACUUCUUCCGCACACCUUCUUCCUGUUUGGCGUUUAUUUAUUUAUUUUUUUGCGUAUAAACUAUAUUUAAGACAAACUAAGCGAAGUUACAGAAUGUGCUGCAUUUAAAAGAAUAUAAAUACAAGAAACAACACAACACGUCUAUAUUGUAUCAUUCUCCAUUUAUUCCGCACAUUCCUCAUAUAUAAGUUUGAAUUCGGUGCAAAGCCAUGAUUUAGCUACACGAGAUGUGCAAAAUAAUAAUUAAUUAAAAAAAAUAAUCAUUAAAAUAAUAAUUAAUACAAAUAAAAAAAGAAUAUUAUUAAUGAAAAUUAAAUUUAAAAAAAUCCUAGUGAGUUCAAAUAUUCGCAAAUAAAUGCACUUAUAGGUGUCAUGAUGUGUACCUAAUGUAGUGACCAUCACAUGCAUAUUCGUAUGCAUAAUUUUAUUGUAUUUCUUGUCUGCAGGUCACGGCCAGAAAUGUUUUUUUUUUUUGGUUUUUUUUGCAGAGGCUGUCUGGAGGACGUGUCUGGCCCUCCCCUCCUCCAUUGUCCCCCCUCCACACCAAGCGGUCCUCCCCCAUGGAGUUGGGGGGUAGGCGGGCUGUAAAUCAGACAGCCUGGCUCUAGACACACAACACUCGGAUGCGAAGCACCGGAGAGUUGUUGUGAGGUAUUUUUUCCUCCCCAUGGAUGUUUUUUUAGAAGUAAAAUGAGGUAUCCGGGCCCAUGCACCACACGGAACUUCCCCGGGGCGGUGAUGGAGGUAUAGGCUGCAUGUGGAGGCUCCGGGUGGCCGCACCUCCUCCACCUCCUCCCGUCCGUCCUCGGGCUGCCGGCGGCGGCGGCUCCCUGCACCGGCGUCCCGGUCGUCUCAUGCGAAACACAGCGGCCCAAUUGCGGAGCUCCGGGCCCACGUCAUCCAAUGGUUAUUGCUUCUGCACCGGACCCCAGCCACAGGGCAUGGAUAUAUCUGAACUGGAGUUGGUUCAGAUAAUAAUUAUCCUGCUGGCGAUGACCGCCACGGUGGUCGUGUUGGUCUGCCUCCUCAUCUACUACCGCCUCUUCGCCCUGUCUCUCUUAGGCAGGCUCGGCGACACGCAGGACACGCAACGGGAUGCCAACGGGUGGUCAAACAGUGUGCUGACUCAACAUGGCAACAGCGAAGCAAUCCUCCAAACCCCGGCGGCCUUCAUGCAGCGGCCCCUGUGUGGCUUCCAGCCCACCUACCCGUACAUUCCGCGGGAGGCGGUGGACCUGCCCCCCAUCAUCUGCUUACCAGACGGGGAAGAGCACAAGGGCCCGCACGGCUUCCAGCGCCGCACCCCGGAGCAGCAGCUGGAGUUGAGCCGCUCCUGCAUCCGCGCUCCUCCCAACCGGAGCGUCCUGAGAAGCGACACGGCAGACGGUUACAUACACAGCACAAGCGUGGAGGGGCUGCCGGAGCAACCCCCUCCCUCUUACAGUGUGACUAUGGAGGGCGGACUACAGAAAGGUCCUAAAAGAUUACAAACAAGUUGGCAUCCCGGAAGGAGCCUGACAUCCACUGAAACUGUUCUUCAUAACUCCUCCGUCACUUGAGAGACUUUUCUAUCAGAUAUUUUCUAUUAGGUGCUAAAAUAUCUCCUUCUGUUCGUGUCUAUUUUUAUAAGCUUCUCCAUUUGUGACAAACUCUGUCGGCCCCCAUGGGAAUGUACACUAGAAUGCAAGCUGACGUUGCACUUGAAAGCGGAAAGGCUUCCGCUUUUUUUAAUUGUUUUCCAUGUGAGAAGAGCUGCUACUGUAAAGUCGGUGCUUUUUGCUUCAGCCUGGCAUAUACUUGAUCACGUUAACGCCCGAGGCAAGUCUCCGUUUUUUUGUUUUAUCAUUCGUGGCGCGCGGACGCCGCCGUCCCAAGCACUUUUGCCUCUGAAUAAACAAAAAGACAGGAAGGCGGAGGAGGACUCCGUAUAAGCCAUGCACAGCAAUACUCGAGCAGCUGAGCUAAAUCGAAGCUACAACUAUAGACGAAAUAUCCUUGUCGUUUACAUUUUCAUGUUAUUUAACAAAUAUUUUGUAUUUAAAAUGUGUAGCGGUUUACAAUAAAGGACUGA